AGUGAAGCGAUGGGCCUUUAAAGUGGCCUGAUAGGGGACAAAUGCUUAUUUCACUCUCGACAGUCGAGCAGUUUAGUGGUCAAGUUGCAAUGAAGCUGGCAUUGAUUGCAUUAGUGCUCCUUCUCACAUGUGCUUCCAGUGCAUGGAGUUACAUUGUUGAUCCUGGACCUGUCGUGAAAGCAACACGUGGACUCGUGUGGCCUCAGCCCACAAAACUCACAAUUCAGAACACUUUCUCUGUUAUCCGGCCGCAAAAGUUUGAGUUCAAUGCUGUGAAAAAUACGUGCGACAUUCUGAAUGAUAGCUUCAUACGAUACAAGGAACUAAUAGUUGCAGAGGCGCAACGACUGAGGAAGAUAGAGAUGAAAAGUGCUCGCCGGAGUCGAGAGAGAAUUAAUAGAAUCAACUAUGAUCAAUUUUACGAAGAUGACAAAUUUACGGGUUUCUUGGAAGCUGUGACAGUGAACCUUGAGAAACCGUGCGAAGACAGCCCUUAUCUGGGCAUGGAUGAAUCAUAUAAAUUCACACUGAAUAAUUCAGAGGCGAUUCUUGAGAGCGAAAGUGUUUGGGGAAUUCUUCGUGGAUUGGAGUCCUUCUCUCAAAUGAUCACAACUGCUGAUGACGGCCGAUCACUGAGGAUCAACAAUUCAUACAUUGAAGAUUCACCUCGCUUCUCGCAUCGCGGACUUUUGCUGGACACUUCUCGACACUUUAUCCCUCUGGACACGAUCAAGCUGAUCCUCAACGGCAUGGCGUACAACAAGCUGAAUGUUUUCCACUGGCACAUUGUGGAUGACCACAGCUUUCCCUAUGAGAGCACUAAGUUUCCCGAAUUGAGCGCAAGUGGAGCCUUUCAUCCCACACUUGUGUAUACCCAGAACGACGUGGCGGCAGUGAUUGAGUACGCCAGAAUGCGCGGAAUUCGUGUGCUGCCGGAAUUCGAUACUCCUGGCCACACAAGAUCGUGGGGCGUGUCACAUCCUGAGCUCCUGACGCAGUGCUAUCCGCCCUACAGCGGAAAACUAGGGCCCAUGGAUCCCACCAAGAGCGAAGUGUACACAUUCCUCAGAGAGCUCUUUGGCGAAGUGUCCGAUGUCUUCCCUGAGCAGUAUUUUCACCUCGGCGGCGAUGAAGUAGGCUUCGAGUGUUGGAGCACAAAUCCCGAUAUCGUCAAGUACAUGAAGGAGAAGAAUUACACAAAGUAUGAACAAUUGGAGGAGGAAUUUAUUCAGAAGGUCGUGGAUAUAAUUGAUGACUUGAAAUCAAAGUCAAUUGUGUGGCAAGAGGUCUACCAGAAUCAAGUGCGACUGCCUCAGGGAACUGUGGUUCACGUGUGGACGGGCGACAGGAAGCGGCUCAUGUCGCAGAUUACGCGCGAUGGGCUUCCCGUGUUGUUGUCCGCGUGUUGGUAUCUGGAUCAUCUGGCCACUGGUGGAGACUGGACAAAGUUCUACAACUGCGAUCCGCUGGACUUCCAAGGAACGCCCGAGCAGAAGGCACUCGUGAUGGGCGGAGAGGCGUGCAUGUGGGCAGAAGUGGUGGACGACACGAAUGUAGUCCAGAGGAUCUUUCCACGAGCUUCUGCGGCGGCAGAGAAAUUGUGGACUCAAGGCCCAGGAGUUUCGGUGAAGGAGCGAUUGGAGGAGCACUCAUGCCGACUCCGGAAGAGGAACAUUCCCUCUCAGCCGCCAAAUGGACCUGGUUUCUGUCUCUAGGCACAUUCGUUACUAAUUAUAUUGUAUAAGGUAAGCUUUCUGGCAAUAUUUGGGUGUAAAUUAUUGCUUGGUAACAAUAUUAAGUUCUGGCAAAUCACUAAUUGAUUCAUAGCCCUCGGGAAUUAAAAUGAUUAUGAGGAAGAA